AUGUUUUCUAAUACAGGUUUUGGACUUGGACCUUCAAACUCAACCUUUCUUCAAACACAACCUUUCAAUAAUAAUGAUGAUGGUUCUUUGGAAAUUUAUUUACACAAAAUUAUAGAGACGCCAAAAGGAAGAAAAGUUGAAUGUAAUUUAUGUAAAAACAUUUUUAAUAAUUUGACUACGUUUAAUAAUCACGUUAAAAAAAAGUAUGGUUAUAAACACUUGUGCAGAAUUUGCUGCAAAGUUUGUACUGAUGAAAUCAACCUAACUUCUCAUAUGAAAGAAGCUCAUAAACAAUUUCCUUGUGACCAUUGUCAAAAAGUUUGUUGGGGUUAUCAUGGAUUAAAAAAUCACGUCAGACGUGUACAUCUUGGAGUAGAACCUCCUCCUGCUUCUAAAUUUAAUUCCGUUGACAAUUUAAAUAGUAAACCGAUGGUUGUUCCAACUCUCCUCACUGAUGUUCCAUCAGUAAAAAAUAAUCGCAGAUCAAUUAUCAAGGAUCCGGUGUUUCUUCACGAAUACCAAUACGACGAUACCACCACACUGAUAUGUAAACUUUGCAAAGAAACCUUUGAUUCCAACAAGGAAUUUAACAAACACGCAAAAGUAGAGCACGAGACAAAAUUUAUUUGUUUUAAUUGUUCUCAAGUAUUUCAGGAGAAAAAGUUCCUUGGAAGACAUAUUAAUAUACAACAUAAGAGGCUCUGUCAGUUCUGCGGUAAAAUUUUUAAUGUCAAAGAAAGUUUGGAUAGACACGUUCGUGAAAUUCAUUCAAGAGGAACGAUGGAAGUUGAUUCGCAGGAAAUUAAGCAUGAAGUUGAAGACGUAGUCUUCUUGCACGAAAUGUUUCAAGAAUCUGGAACGACACUCUUUAAGUGUAAAUUAUGCGAUUGCACAUUUAAAAGUCUCGUACUAUUUAAGUAUCACGCUAGAUAUAUUCAUUUUUAUGAAUUUUUGUGUACGGUUUGCUGUCAAUUAUUUGCAUCUGAAGGAGCUUGUGAAAAACACAUGGAAUUAACCCAUACAAAAGAUUUUUCUUGUAAUGUAUGUCCAAAGAAAUUUUAUGACAAAGCUGAAUUGAACGAACAUUCUCAGGAACACAUUUGUGAAAAUUUUCUACCUUCAGCUAUUAAUUCUUCAACAUCAUUUAUGCCUCCAACAACCUACCUUCAAACAAAUCUACCUUCGGCAAUUGUACCACAGGAAGUGGUUCGUGAAGAUGACGUAACCUACUUGCACGAAAUCUUUGAAGAUAAUCAUGGAACACCUUUCCUGAAAUGUAAAUUAUGCCAAAAAAUCAUUUCUAAUUACACAUUGUUUAGAUUUCAUGCAAAAAAAGUGCAUAAAUAUGAAUGGUUGUGUUUGGUUUGUUGUCAAGUAUUACCAACUCGAUAUGCUUGUGGAUCACACAUGAAAAACAAUCAUACAAGAUGUUUUCCCUGUACUGUUUGCCCAAAGACAUGUUUUGAUUAUGUUGGAUUAAAUGAACAUUUUCGUGCAAAGCAUCCUGAUGAGAACUUAUCAUCGGGGGAAUCAAAGGGAUUGUUAACUAUUCACGAAGUGAUGCCAAUUAAACCAAAGUCAAUAAAAUGCAAGAUUUGUUCAGGAACUUUUAGUACUCAAAAAUUUAAUAAGCACAUGAGAUUACAUGAUGUUAAAAUUUCAUGUCGUUAUUGUUUUCAAGCAUUUUAUGAAAAACGGGUUAAGAAGGAACAUGAAAAACAAUUUCACAGAUUUUCAUGUAAAGAAUGCAAAAAACAUUUCCUUACUGCAAAAAGUUUAUCAGAUCAUUGUUCAAGCAAAAAACAUCAAAAGGAUGCAAAAUCCCCGGUACAACCGCAACCGCAACCGCAACCUUCCCAAUUAGAAAUAAUCCGAUCCACGAACCCACAAAAUCCAAAUUUCGCGCAAGAAGAAGGUUCGAGAUCAAAGAAAAAGGAAUCCCCCGAAUUCCUUCAUGAUUUCAUUAAAAGUACGGAGAUGGAAAACGUUUUGGCCGAAUAUUUACUAGCGACCUACAACUUUAAAUGUAAGUUAUGUAAAGAAAUGUUUAGAAGUCGUCUUGAAUUUAAUGAACAUGUUGAACAAGAACACGAUUUGAUACAUAUAUGUGAGAUAUGCUCUCAAGUUCAUUAUAAUGAUCUAUCACUACAGGUCCAUAGGAAGUAUGAUCAUUCAAUCAAAGAAUUUUAUUGUAAUUAUUGUGAUAGUUCAUAUUAUCUUGAGAAAGAUUUACAUGAUCACAUUUUUGGAACACAUUUAGAAAAGGAUGCACAAGUAAGUAUGGAAGUGGAGUACGCAAAUGAGUAUGAAGGAUGUGAUGAAGGGCAUAGCAAGAUGCAAGAGGAUGUUAAUCGAACAAGGUCUGAUGACGAUGAUGAAACUAAUUUAGUUAAUUAUCCCAAAUGUGAAGAAUGUAAUCUUUAUUUUAGAAACAUCAGAUAUUUUGAAAUUCAUAAUAGAAAUAAUCAUCAUUAUAAUGAUGACACUUCCAUGAUAGGACAUUGA